AUGAAAUGAGGUGAAGGAAGGAGAGACAGAAGGAGAGGGGGAUGAGUAGCCGAAGGGAUAGGUGAAGAACGACGCAAGAAACACCCACCCCCAGUUUUAGUCUGUACUGACUGACGGAAUAGGAGCCUGAGAGAGCGUGAGACAGACAAGGGAGACAGACAGACACUCUGGGGAUUGAGAGGACCCGCGGGGAAUAGGAGCGUUUAGGAUUUGAUGAUUUGUGAGUUAUGGAUUUCAUUCAUUCAGUAUGGAAUUUGUUUGGAGUGCUUAGCUUAUAUUUAAUAUGAGGCAAUUUAUCAAAGGCAAUCAAUUGGAUAGGUUGACUUGAUCAAGUAUACUGAUCAAUUACCAAAUUAAUUGUAAACGAAUUGAAAGUUCUAGAAUUAAACUAAACUUGUGUGCAAUCUUCUCAUCAGUUUCCUGUCGGGUCCACAAGUUAACAAUUAACUUUUGAAGUAGGCACUCCAUCUUUGGCGUAGGGAAAAUGUAAGAGUUGCACAACUGGAGUAAGCCAUUCCAAAAAAGAAAUGUAUGCCUAUAAAUCGAGUCAGAAUUUAUUUUUAUGUAUUGCUAACAAUCAUUAUUAUACUCUUCAUGGAAUUUCAGUGAAAAUACAAAAAAAAAAAACCGACAUGUCUAUUUUCCGUUUGUUUCCAGGGCGACAAGGUGUUACUUGUCUCUAUCUCAUCUUCUAUUGAUGUGGACGCUACAGAUUUCAGAUUGCUGAGGCUUCUUUUGAUUUGACUGCGUUUAGGGAUUACUACUUCAGGAGUUUCAUCAGCAGUUUCCGCUUUAAAAUCAAUGUGCUGAUUCGUGUAUACUUAAUCUUUUGAAGAAUAAUUGGCCAUAAGGGUUUACAAGUAGGGAAAAAAACAUCCAAUGUUUGUCAGCAAAUAGUUACUUCCCACUGGGCACAAACUGGUUGAAUCAACGUUGUUUCCACGUCAUUUAAACAAAAAAAUUAUAUGCGGUGACAUUGAAACAAUGUGGGAAACUGUCAUCAAACUGUAAAAAAAAAACGGUCCUUUUUUUUCACCCAACUUUUGACCUAAAUCCAAUGACAUGAUGACAUUUUGUGUUGAUUUCACGUUGACAACUCAAACAAAUGUAAAUCAAGUUGAAAUGUCGUCUGUGCCCAGUGGGUUUUUAGAUAUUUUCUUGUUUUGUAUUAAAUUAAAUUAAAUUAAAUUGUGUUCAAUUGUAUUGCAUAAGUAUAGCGAAGAAUGGUUUUGAAUAAAACAUUUUAUGCUUUUGCUUCUAUAAAUAGUUAAAGGUCUAAAUUAUAUCACAUUUACAUUUUUAGUCAUUUAGCAGACGCUCUUAUCCAGAGCGACUUACAGUUAGUGAGUGCAUACAUUUUUCAUAUCUCUGUCAUGAAGUCAAUGUCCAGGCUUAGUUUGAUGGACACAGAUGCCAGGUUUAUGAUGUACUGUAUCUCUGCAUCUAAAGACACAUUUUGACACUUUAUUCACUUAUAUUGAUCUAAAGACACAUUUUGGCACUUUAUUCAAUUAUAUUUCCAGGGAUGUUGAUUGGAAAUAUAUUUUCAUCAUCAAUGCUGUUUGAGUAUAAUGAAUAUACAUUAUACAUUGAGUAUAUUCAUAGAAAACAAAUAACAUAAGUGAGUAAAGCUCAUAAUGUUUAGCCUCUCCCCUACAGUAGUCCCAUUUGGCAGUACUGUAUUCGCCUCCUCCAUUCCUGUGCUGCUGUUACACUCUGCCUGUCUAUUCAAAGCCUUAAUGAUGAGUGACAGACAAGUCGAGCUCUGCUUGUUCUCAAUGUCAACAAUGGCACUCAGGAAAUGUUCUCUUGGGCCUGUCCGUCAAAAUUUAACAAAGUCCUCUACUGUUCUGUUUCCAGCUUCCAUCUCAAAAGUGACUGUCGCGUCCAUUCCCCCCUGGAGAAGGCAGGGCAUAAAAUGACGCCGAGAGACCAAAAAUCUUGAGAAGCGAGGCGCCCGGCCCAGAGACGAUGAGAGAAGAGAGGAGAGCAGAGAGAGAGAAAGAGAGAGAGAGAGAGAGAGAGAGAGAGGGGGAGAGGAGAAGAGAGAGGAGAGAAGAGAGAGAGAGAGAGGAAAAGGAGAGAAGAGAGAGGAGAGAGAGAGAGAGGAGAGAGAGCGAGAGAGAGAGAGAAGAGAGAGAGCGAGAGAGAGAGAGGAGAAGAGAGAGAGAGAGGAGGAAAGGCAAAGGGGAAAAGGGGAGAGAGCGAGAAAAGAGAGAGGGCGAGAGAGAGAGAGAAGAGAGGAGAGAGGGGAGGGGAAAAGAGAGGAGAGAGGCGAGAGGAGGAGAGGGCGGAGAGAGAGAGAGCGAGAGAGAGCGGGGAAGAGGGGAGAGAGAAAAGAGGAAAAGAGAGAGCGAAAAAGAGAGAGAGAGAGAGAAGAGAGAGAGAGAGGAGAGAGAGAGAGAGAGAGAGGGAGAAGAAAAGAUGGAUAGAGCAGAGAAGAGAGGAGGGAGAGAGAGAGAGAGAUAAGAGAGCAAAAUUAUCCAAAUAUGGAGAUUUGAAUAGAAGAGAAGAGAGCUAAGAUAUAUCUAUCUCUAUCAUAUAUCUCUCUAUAUCUCUCUCUCUCUCUAUCUCUCUCUCUCUAUCUCUCUCUCUCUCUCUCUCUCUCUCUCUCUCUCUCUCUCUCUCUGUCUCUCUCUCUAAUGUAUCAUUAUUCCUAAAACCUCUUUCUACUGCUGGGUACCUUACUAUGCACCCUACAUCUGAUCCUAUGCUAAAUACUUUUUACCGCUCUCCCAAAGCCUGUAGCUGUGUCAGGCAGUCAGGCAGCGCUAAAUAGUCUGCCUCAUUCCUCCUCUGCCCGCUAGGUGCAGAGGGAGCAUCACAGUUGUAAGGAUGCUGGUUGUAGGACUCCCAAUAAGGACGUGGUGUCCUCUGCUCUUCCUGGUGUUGGCUGUACAUUUCCAAGCUCCUGCCCAGGGUCAAGGUAAGGACUACACUGUGACUGGAUGAUUAACCAAAUGCUUCCGUCGGUGGUCUCCUCUGUCUGUUCCUCAUUUGAUGUACAGAUUUGGUCCCAUUUCAUCUCUAACUGUAUGUCGACAUGCCAUUUCACCCCCACAGCAUGUCUUUGUUUUACAGUCAACUAAACCAAAUUGAUUCUUGUUUUGUGUUUGUUAUGCUUUUUCAUGUGUUUUGUAAAUAAUAUUAUUUGAGCAUAAUCAUAUACAUUUAUACAAGCCGCAUAAACCAAGCCUUAUAAUGAGAUAUAAGGCUCAGUCACAGAAGCACCUCUGAUUGCUAUCAUGCUUAGCUGGGCUGCCAACUUGAUAUCCUCAAGAUGAUUGUUUAAUCAAUCAUCUAUCAUGGAACAACCUCCACCUGUGGUCAAUGGAAAAAUCCUGUGGAGGUGGUCUGGUUUGGUCUGGUCUUGUCUGCUCUGGUCUUGGAGACAAACUGGGUUUAAAUACUAUUCGCAAUUGUUUCAAAUACUUUUUAUCUGUGCUUAAUUGCAAACCCUCAAACCCAACCCAUCUGGCACUCCAGGCAAACAGUCAAACCCCUCAAAUAGUUGAAAGAUUUCGAGGAGUAUGUGAACCCAGGUCUGCUGUGAGCGGAUCAGAGAGGGAAAACAUUCAGGAUCCUAUCAGAGGGGGAUCGUAUGAUAACGUCCUCCAGGGAGACGUCAACAUUUAAUUGUCCUGGCUGUGUGCUGCUUGGACGCAGAUCAGCUCAACAUUCCUUCCAGGCCUUGGAGUGAAGAGAUCCCGAUGGCCAGAAGUAACACCUACGUCCCAAAUGGCACCCUAUUACCUAUGUAGUGCACUACUUUUGAACCAGGGCCCUAUAUGUAGUGCACUACUUUUGACCAGGGCUCAUAGGGCUCUGGUCAAAAGUAGUGCACUAUAUAGGGAAUAGGGUGCCAUUCGGACGCAGGUCAAAGUAAAGCAUCUGGUGUGGGAGAGCCGGCUCUGUGGACUGGUGUGGAGCAGACCUGGGUUCGAUUAGUAUUUGUUUUCUUUCAAAUACUUGGUAUGUUCAAUAAGCUUGCCUGGCGCAGUGGAACCAAUGGGAUAGUCCCAACUCCCAAGAGUGUAAUCCCCGCCCAUCUGGCACUCCAGGCAAAGCUCAAUUAAACCAUUAACAAAUACUAUUUGAACCCAGAUCUGGUGUGAAGAUGGGUGGUCAGGGGGAUUACUGGCUCCUGUCUGUGGAGGGUGUAUAUAUAAUGUGUAUCAGGCCUGCAGGUCUCUCCCCCACGGCUCUCUGCUCGGGUGAAGAUAGGCCCCUUACCAUUUUCUGUAUAUAUAAUACAUUGGGAGGGCCUCCCAGGCUGGGAGUGCCAUUUGUUGCAAAAUAAGUGAUUUCGGUAAUUUGAACCACCAGUCAACACUGUCUUUCCUCUCCUAUUGUACGUGGACACUGGACACAACUUGAUUCUACAACACGUGCUAGCUACAUCUUUAUCUGUCCUUGGCACCACAGUGUGUUGUCUAGUCAGGCUCUGGUGUCAUGCUGAAGCUGCUUCAUAUGACAGAGUCCUUCGUUAAUGUCUGUCUGUAUGGGUUAGCUCCGUGCUGUACGCCAAAUGGCAUCAGAUUAGGUUUUAGUUACCUAAUUAGAAAAACAAGGCGUUUCAUUUGAGCGUGUUAAAAUCUAGAUUGUUGAAUUUGUAUGUGUAGGGAGAGAUGCUGAUUAGAGUGUCAGAAAAACAGUUCAAUAAAACCGAACACAGUAGAGUACACGCUUAGAAUAAGAGGUUCCAAAAUGGUUCUUCUGCUGUCCCCAUAGAAGCACCCUUUUGGGUUCCAUGUAGAACCCUCUGCGGAAAAGGUUCUACAUAGAAGCCAAAAAGGUUUACCUGGAACCAAAAAGGGUUCUUCAAAGGGUUAUCCUAUGGGGACAGCCGAAGAACCCUUUUAGGUUCUAGAUAGGGGUGGCAGGUAGCUUAGUGGUUAAGAGCGUUGUGUCAUUAACCAAAAGGUCGCUGGUUCUAAUCCCUGAGCCGACUAGGUGAAAAAUCUGUAGAUGUGCCCUUGAGCAAGGCACUUAACCCUAAUUGCCCCUGUAAGUCGCUCUGGAUAAGAGCGUCUGCUAAAAUGUAAAUAGCACCUUUUUUUCUAUGAGCGUAGAGUGGUCGUAAUGGCCUGUGUUGUUAAUGCUACUGUGUUCAUGUUUAUUUUAAAUCCAUGUCUGGGGUUUCAUAUAGGCCUAGAUGCGUAGAAUGAAGAUUAAAUUGAAAUUCUAUGUAAACCUAAUUCACAUUUGAUCCAAACAACUCUUGGCCAACAUCUCUUCUCUAAUCCCCACAUUUGUAGUAUUUAACAUGACAGUACUCUUAACCAACUUUGACUGAACGGCACCGAAUGUAUACUGUAGCCUCAUUCUCCACAUGGUGUGAUCGAGGACUAGCAGAACAGAGUCUUAAUAUUUAAAUACCCUCAGCAGGGAUUUCCACACCAUGUUGGUAACAGAUACAUGUUCAAAAGAGAUUAAGCUAGGCCUUUGUCAGGUAGGUGAGCAGUGUGCAGAGAGAGGGAACACAGACAGACAGACAGACAGACAGACAGACAGACAGACAGACAGACAGACAGACAGACAGACAGACAGACAGACAGAAGCACAGACCAGACAGGACGACAAAAACAGACAGACAGAAUGCGAUAGAUAAGGGUCAGUGGAUCAGGGUAAGUGUAUCUGCCACAGAGAGAAGGCUCCUCAAUGGAGAGGGGGAGAGAGGGGGAUGGAGAGGAGGGGGGAGGAGAGGAGAGGGAUGGAGAGAGAGGAGGAGAGGGAUGAGAGGAGAGGAGAGGGGGAUGAGAGGAGAGGGGGAGGAGAGAGGGGAGGAGAGGGAGAGAGGGAUGAGAGGAGAGGGGAGAGAGGGAGAGGAGGAGGGGAAGGAGAGGAGAGAGGGAUGAGAGGAGAGAGGGGAUGAGAGGGAGAGGAGAGAGGGAGAGGAGGAGAGGGGGAGAUGAGAGGAGAGGAGAGAGGUGAGAAGAGAGGAGAGGGGAUGAGAGAGAGAGAGGGAUGAGAGGAGAUGGAGAGAGGGGGAUGAGAGGAGAGGAGAGGAGAGAGGAUGAGAGGAGAGGAAGAGGGAUGAGAGGAGAGGGGGUUAGAGGGAGGAGCAGGGGGAGAGAGGGAUGAGAGGACGAGGAGAUGGAAGGAGGAGAAUGAGAGGAGAGGGGGAGAGAGGAGAGAGAAGGAUGAGAGGAGAGAGAGGAUGAGAGGAGACGAGAGGGAGGAGAGGAGAGGGAUGAGGGGGAUGAGAGAGAGAGAGGGAUGAGAGGAAGCGGGGUGAGAGAGAGAGGGAUGAGAGGAGAGGAGAGGAGAGGAGAGAGGAUGAGAGGAUGAGGGGGUGAGAGGAGAGAGGGAUGAGAGGAGAGGAGAGAGGGAUGAGGGAGGAGAGGGAGGAUGAGAGGAGAGGGGGAUGAGAGGAGAGAGGAAUGAGAGGAGAGAGAGGGGGAUGGAGAGGAGAGAGGGGAGUGAGAGGAGAGAGGGAUGAGAGGAGAGGAGAGGGGAGGGGGGAUGAGAGGAGAGGGGGUGAGAUGAGAGGAGAGGGGGGAUGAGAGGAGAGAGGAGAUGAGAGGGAGAGGGAUGAGAGGGGGGUGAGAGGAGAGGGGGAUGAGGAGAGGAGAGGAGAGAGGGAUGAGGAGGGGGGGCGUUGAGAGGGGGAGAGGAGGGAGGAUGAGAGAGGGAGAGAGGGAUGAGAGGAGAGGGGAGGGGGAUGAGAUGAGAGAGGGAUGAGAGGGGGAUGAGAGGAGAGAGGGAUGAGAGGAGAGGGGGAUGAGAGGAGAGGAGAGGGGGAUGAGAGGAGAGGGGGAUGAGAGGAGAGAUAAAACCACUUGAAAGGGCUGCUGGUUGGCUGUUCUAAUGUAACUGGCAUGGAGUCACUUUGUGUUUCAUCAUUGAGAAGUGAGAGGAUGCUAGGGAAUAAUAACAUGCUGAUAGCCAAGGGUGGAAUAAUAACAUGCUGAUAGCCAAGGGUGGAAUAAUGACAUGCUGAUAGCCAAGGGUGGAAUAAUGACAUGCUGAUAGUAAUGACAUGCUGAUAGCCAAGAGUGGAAUAAUGAAAUGCAACACAUCAUGAAGGAAUCCCUCUCACAGCUACUGUGCUCAUCAGUGGAAGCCUCAACUCCUAACUCACAAUAGUGUUUCACUGUUCCUCUAGGAAUCCUCCACACCCUCAUCCUCACACAGAGCAAAUGGAGGUUAUAUGUUCCGAUACAUUAUUCAGAUCUCAUGUACGGUUGAGUCAGGCUGACAGACACUCCCAUGCACUCGGGGGGAUCUGUCGGGGAGUGAGCCGGCAACCAUAUCUCAGGUGCCACCUACUGCCGAUGUUCCCUUGACAGGAACUUAACCCCUGCUCCAGCCUCUCUGACCAUAUGUGUAUAUCGGGGGGUUGAUAAAAGCAGAAGAUGAAUGCCCAUCUGGACUAAUAAAGUAGAUCUUAUCCUCCGUCAACUCAAUUCAUGUGCAGUGAGUCAGUCAGACAGUACAAAUGGAAAGUACUUAAAGAUGGGAAGUUAGGAAUUUGUAGCUACUUCUGGACAGGCAGUCACAUUAAAUUCACAUCUAGUAUCCAUUCAUUAUGUCACGUUCGUUUAAGGACGGGUCAGACCAAGGCGCAGCGUGAUAUGCAUACAUGUUUAUUUACCGAUAAACACACGACAAAACAACAAACAAACGAAAUGUGAAGUCCUAAGGCUGAACACAAAACUAGCCUACUCACAGAACAAGAUCCCACAACUAACUAGUGCCCAUAGGCUGCCUAAGUAUGAUCCCCAAUCAGAGACAACAAGCGACAGCUGCCUCUGAUUGGGAACCACACCGGCCAACAUAGAUCUAUACAUACUAGAACACAAACAUAGAAAAUACAACAUAGAAUAUACACACCCUGACUCAACAUAUAAGAGUCCCCUGAGUCAGGGCGUGACACAUUAUUUAAUUGGCAUUUAUGUUUCCCAGGUGGUGUUUUAGACCUGUAUAACUGUUUAAGGUGUCACCAAAUGUCUCUAUUCAUCACAAACCUACGUUUUACACACAGUUAGAUAAAAACACUACAGAUCACAGCAUAUGUUCAGGUUAUGGACUGAACAGGAAUUUCAGAAGAAACAACCCCCGGAUGAGUUUGUCUCAGGUUUAUAGGAGAUAUUUACUCAACACAGAAACAAUCCCCAGAUGAGUCCCUAUCAAGUUUAUAGGAGAUAUUUACUCAACACAGAAACAAUCCCCAGAUGAGUUCCUAUCAGGUUUAUAGGAGAUAUUUACUCAACACAGAAACAAUCCCCAGAUGAGUUCCUAUCAGGUUUAUAGGAGCUAUUUACUCAACACAGAAACAAUCCCCAGAUGAGUUCCUAUCAGGUUUAUAGGAUAUAUUUACUCAACACAGAAACAAUCCCCAGAUGAGUUCCUAUCAGGUUUAUAGGAGAUAUUUACUCAACACAGAAACAAUCCCCAGAUGAGUUCAUAUCAGGUUAGUGAUCAUAUUCAUCUACAUCUAUUUCUCUGACCUAAACGUUUCUCUCUAUCCUUCAUUAUUUAUUAAUAGCUUGUGCCAGAUUGUAUAUAACUUUACAUGCCUAUAUUCCCCCUAAUAACCAGCUUCAAGUCCCUGUAUGGUAGAUAAUGUAUUAGAUUUAUAGAUUUAUAGGCAUGUAAAGAUUACAUUGGUACCCAUUCUACUCCUUGCAAGGAGGAACAAACACCACUGUGUUUGUUGGCCUGGUCAUAGAGCUUUGUCUUCUCAACUACUCCUUGUCUCCUCAACUCUCCUUGUCUCCUCAACCUCUCCUUGUCUCCUCAACUUCUCAUUGUCUCCUCAACUCUCCUUGUCUCCUCAACUUCUCCUUGUCUCCUCAACCCCUCCUUGUCUCCUCAACUUCUCAUUGUCUCCUCAACUUCUCCUUGUCUCCUCAACUUCUCCUUGUCUCCUCAACUUCUCCUUGUCUCCUCAACCACUCCUUUUCUCCUCAACUUCUCCUUGUCUCCUUAACCACUCCUUGUCUCCUCAACUUCUCCUUGUCUCCUCAACUUCUCCUUGUCUCCUCAACUUCUCCUUGUCUCCUCAACUUCUCCUUGUCUCCUCAACUUCUCCUUGUCUCCUCAACCUCUCCUUGUCUCCUCAACUUCUCCUUGUCUCCUUAACCACUCCUUGUCUCCUCAACUUCUCCUUCUCUCCUCAACUUCUCCUUGUCACCGCAACAUCUCCUUGUCACCGCAACUUCUCAUUGUCUCCUCAACCUCUCCUUGUCUCUUCAACUCAAAAGGUGGGAAUGUAGUAGUGUUGUUCUGGUGACUAGUUUGUAGUUCAACUAACAUAGAAUGUACAGUAGAACAAUUGAAUGGUGAAUGUGCUAUGCACCAAUCGUAUAAAUAGUUCUGCGUCAAUCUCAGAUGGUAGUAUUUCACAAUACUACUGGAAUAAUGUCUGUCGAUAGUUGGGGAAAAGAGUAUCACUUUACAUUUGGUUGUUCUUAUUGGCUACAAGCAACACAGUGCUGUUACAUGGUACUAAGAAGUAAGAGAAAUUUGGUGUGGAGUGUUACUGAAAAAAGUCACAUUCUCUUCCUCAUAGCAGCCUGCGUAUAGAAAUGCCAGAUUGCAUAAAUAUCAAGCUAUAGCCUAGCUGCACUAACGUAAUCCUAAGAGAAUGUCUUCCACUGACUGUUCUUUACAUUGGGACAGCAGGUGAAGCUGAUUGAUUCUCCAUCAACUGGGAGAUAUAGAUUAAACAUUUGCUGACUCUUAACAGUCUGCAGCACAUGUCUUUCUGAUAGGAAAUGUCGAUGCUGUCAUCGACUUAGAAACGCUAGCCUGGAAUCCCAACUGAUUUGCUCUGUUUCACCAUUAUUUUAUUAGCAGUUUGGAUUUCAGGCUAUAAAAAGGCCCAUCCCUUACUGUCUCAAAAAGUAAGAGAAUGUGACUGACAUUUAACAAUCCUCUUUAUGUGUAACUGUUUGUUGUGCAAUAUGUUAUUGGACAAAAAUAUGUUAUUAGACAACUAUAUGUUAUUAUACAACAAUAUGUUAUUGGACAACAAUAUGUUAUUGGACAACAAUAUGUUAUUAGACAACAAUAUGUUAUUAGACAACAAUAUGUUAUUAGACAACAAUAUGUUAUUCUACAACAAUAUGUUAUGGACAACAAUAUAUUAUUGGACAACAAUAUGUUAUUGGACAACAAUAUGUUAUUAGACAACAAUAUGUUAUUCUACAACAAUAUUGUGUUGGACACCAAUAUGUUAUUGGACAACAAUAUGUUAUUGGACAACAAUAUGUUAUUGGACAACAAUAUGUUAUCAAAUAUGUUUUCCAAUAUGUUAUUGUGUUAUACCAGAAUGGGUUGUCUUUGUGGACGUCUGUUCAAUGUCUGUGUGUGAUUAACCUGGCUGAUGUGUAGCACUGUAGUGGCACUAACUCCUGCUGGGGAUUGUUUCUGCAUCCCAAAUGGCACCCUAUUCCCUCUAUGGCGCACUACUUUUAAUCAGAGCCCUAUGGGCCCUGGUCAAAAGUAGUGCACUAUGUAGGGAAUAGGGUGCCAUUUGGGACAAAGUCUGUAUUCAACAUAUUCAUCAUCAAUACACAAACUGUAACUGAAUGAGUCAGUAUUAAUGAUAAUCUGUUGUUGUUCUGUUUCAGUUCCGGCUCCCAGAAGAUUACGUUUUAAAGUGCUGGGUACGAGCAAAUUACAUGUAUCGUGGAAAGAGCCAAAAGGGAACGUUGACGGCUAUAGAGUUUUAUACAACAGUGAACCAGGUAAGAUUUCUAAUCAUCUAUCUAUGCAUGCCUUUAGUUGAUGUAUGCAUUCUAAUGUAUUUAGUCCAGAAUAGUAGAACCUCUGUAUCAGUCUGGUCCCAUGCUGUAUCAGUCUGGACCCAUGCUGUAUCAGUCUGGUCCCAUGCUGUAUCAGUCUGGUCCCAUGCUGUAUCAGUUGGUCCAUGCUGUAUCAAUCAUGGUCCCAUGCUGUAUCAAUUGAGUCACAUGCUGUAUCAGUUUGGUCCCAUGCUGUAUCAGUUGGUCCAUGCUGUAUCAAUCUGGUCCCAUGCUGUAUCAGUCUGGUCACAUGUUGUAUCAGUUGGUCCCAUGCUGUACAAUCUGGUCCCAUGCUGUAUCAGUCUGGGUCCCAUGCUGAAUCAGUUCUGGUCCAUGCUGUAUACAGUUGGACCAUGCUGUAUCAUCUGGUCCCAUGCUGUAUCAAUCUGGUCCCAUGCUGAAUCAGUCUGGUCCCAUGCUGUAUCAAUCUGGUCCCAUGCUGUAUCAGUCUGGUCCCAUGCUGUAUCAUUCUGGACCCAUGCUGUAUCAGUCUGGUCCCAUGCUGUAUCAGUCUGGUCCCAUGCUGUAUCAGUCUGGUCCCAUGCUGUAUCAAUCUGGUCCCAUGCUGUAUCAGUCUGGUCCCAUGCUGUAUCAGACUGGUCCCAUGCUGUAUCAGUCUGAUCCCAUGCUGUAUCAGUCUGGUCCCAUGCUGUAUCAGUCUGGUCCCAUGCUGUAUCAGUCUGGUCACAUACUGUAUCAGUCUGGUCCCAUGCUGUAUCAGUCUGGUCCCAUGUUGUAUCAGUCUGGUCCCAUGCUCUAUCAGUCUGGUCCCAUGCUGUAUCAGUCUGGACCCAUGCUGUAUCAGUCUGGUCCCAUGCUGUAUCAGUCUGGUCCCAUGCUGUAUCAGUCUGGUCCCAUGCUGUAUCAGUCUGGUCCCAUGCUGUAUCAAUCUGGUCCCAUGCUGUAUCAGUCUGGUCCCAUGCUGUAUCAGACUGGUCCCAUGCUGUAUCAGUCUGAUCCCAUGCUGUAUCAAUCUGGUCCCAUGCUGUAUCAAUCUGGUCCCAUGCUGUAUCAGUCUGGUCCCAUGCUGUAUCAGUCUGGUCCCAUGCUGUAUCAGUCUUGACCCAUGCUGUAUCAGUCUGGUCCCAUGCUGUAUCAGUCUGGUCCCAUGCUGUAUCAGUCUGGUCCCAUGCUGUAUCAGUCUGGUCCCAUGCUGUAUCAAUCUGGUCCCAUGCUGUAUCAGUCUGGUCCCAUGCUGUAUCAGUCUGGUUCCAUGCUGUAUCAAUCUGGUCCCAUGCUGUAUCAGUCUGGUCCCAUGCUGUAUCAGUCUGGUCCCAUGCUGUAUCAGUCUGGUCCCAUACUGUAUCAGUCUGGUCCCAUGUUGUAUCAGUCUGGUCCCAUGCUGUAUCAGUCUGGUCCCAUGCUGUAUCAAUCUGGUCCCAUGCUGUAUCAGUCUGGUCCCAUGCUGAAUCAGUCUGGUCCCAUGCUGUAUCAGUCUGGUCCCAUGCUGUAUCAAUCUGGUCCCAUGCUGUAUCAAUCUGGUCCCAUGUUGUAUCAGUCUGGUCCCAUGCUGUAUCAGUCUGGUCCCAUGCUGUAUCAAUCUGGUCCCAUGCUGUAUCAGUCUGGUCCCAUGCUGUAUCAGUCUGGUCCCAUGCUGUAUCAAUCUGGUCCCAUGCUGUAUCAGUCUGGUCCCAAGCUGUAUCAGUCUGGUCCCAUGCUGUAUCAAUCUGGUCCCAUGCUGUAUCAGUCUGGUCCCAUGCUGUAUCAAUCUGGUCCCAUGCUGUAUCAGUCUGGUCCUAUGCUGUAUCAGUUUGGUCCCAUGGUGUAUCAGUCUGGUCCCAUGCUGUAUCAGUCUGGUCCCAUGCUGUAUCAGUCUGGUCCCAUGCUGUAUCAGUCUGGUCCCAUGCUGUAUCAGUCUGGUCCCAUGCUGGAUCAGUCUGGUCCCCGUAGACAAGUCUUCUAUUCCUUACCAACCAUUCUAGUGAUGUGCAUGAUAAUGAAUGAACACAGGGAGGAGUUGGCUAAACACACUGGACCACAGAGGAUAUGCUUUGAAAAAGGGGCUUAUUUGAUCUUGAAUAAAGUGAAUCACCCCAUACAGCUGAAUGAAUUAAUCUUGCCAACUCCUAUGGCCAUCGCCAACAUUGAGUUGGUGAGACAGCACAAACAGUUGCGGGACCCGGCUAGCUGUGUUAGGCUUGAGACACACAAAAGAAGAGUUUUAGGGAAUAUUUACCCUGGCUGUCUGUAUGGAAGGUCAGUGUUGUCUAACAAAGCCUGUCAGAUAUCUUGGAUUAAACAAUGAGGACAGAGAUAACAUCAAUACACACACACACACAGGUCUACUGAUUAUAUUGACCGGCAGCCCCUCUGGGCCACCUCCCUUUGUUAAAGACACAACAAAGGAAUCUGUCCUGAUGUGUUGUUGAUUGAUCCUGGACUUCAUCCUGGGAGAUCACCUUUGAGUCUAUAUAAAAAAAAGGUUAUUAACUCAAUGCAGUACCCUUGAAAGAGAACAGAGAGAUUAUCAUUGUUGCACAAAUCCACUCCAGUUCCAAUGUUUCCUAAUGUUCCACCUCGGGGAAGCAUAUGGUUUCUGUUUGACUAAUUAGAGAUGUUGGUGUUGGAGCAGGACAGGUGAUUGUUUUGGUUUCAGGGCUCGACCUUAGCACUUGUGCGCUUGCCCGGGGCAAGUAAAACAUUUGUUGGACAAGCAGAUUAUAGAUUGAAGUUGUCCAAAUGGACAAGUAAAAAAUAUCACGCAAAAAUCACAAACAAUUAGGCUACUCCGAUCAGAAUCGGAUCAAAGUGUCCUCCGGAUGCAAUGUUUUGCUCACUGUCCUCCCAAUCUCUGCAGAGCGCAUCAGAGUAUAAUUUUUGUAGGCCUGCAUUGACCAUCACGAGCGGACUUUCAAUCAUCUAGUCACGAUAUGUGUAUUUGAGAUCAAAGCGAGCCGUGUUUGCACAUUUGUUGAUGAAUAGUUAUGGAGAUAUUUGCCCCAUUCCUAUCACAUUUUUGGUCAGCAAUGAAAUCCUGGAAAAGUUAUGGUGUGCAUCAGAGAGAGAGAGAGGAGAAGAGAGGAAAAUUUUUUUAAACCAUUUUUUUUUAAAAAAAAAAAAGGGGGCCCCCCCCAAGAAAAAUUUUAAAAAAUUUUUUAAAGGGGGUUUUUUUUUAAAAAAUUAAAAAUUUUUUUUUUUUUUUUUGGGUUUUAAAAAAAAAGGGGGGGGGAAAAAAAAAAAGGGGGGAAAAAAAAUUGGGGGGUUUUGGGAACCCCGGGGCCCCCCCCGGGGGGCCCCCAAAAAAAGGCCCCCCAAACCCCCAAAGGUUUUCCUUUUUUCCCCCCCCCGGGGGGGCCCCCCCCCCCGGAAAACCCCCCAAAAACCGCCCUUUUUUGGGGCCCCCCCCCCCGGGGGGCCCCCCCUUUUUUUUUAAAAAAAAAACCCCCAACCUCCCAAAAAAAAAAAAUUUUUCCCAACCCCUGGGCCAACCCCCCCUUUUUUUCCCCCCCCAAAAGGAUUUUUUUUAAAAAGGGGGAAAAGGGCCCACCCCCCCGGGGGGGGGCCCCCCGGGGGGGAAAAAACCCCGGGGGGGGGGCCCCCCCCCCCCCCCUUUUUUCCCCCCCAAAAAACCCCCCCAAAACCCCCCCGGGAAAAAACCCCCCCCCCCCCCUCCCCCCCCCCCCCCCCCCCCCCCCCGGGGGGGGCCCCCCCCCCCCUUUUCCCCCCCCCCCCCCUUUUUUUUCCCCCCCCGGGCCCCCCCCCCAAAAAAAGAAAAAGGGCCCCCCUUUUUUUUUCCCCCAAAAAAAAAAAUUUUGGGGGCCCCCCGGGGGGAAGAGAGGGGGGAAAAAAAAAAAAAAAGGGGGGGGGGGGGAAGAGAGGGGAGAGGGAAAAAAAAGGGGGGGGAAAAGGGAAAAAGGGGGGGAGGGGGGAGGGGAAAAAAAAAAGGGGGGGGGAAAAAAAGGGGGGGGGAUGGGGGGAAAAGGGGGGGGGGAAAAGGGAGGGAGGGGGAAAGGAAAAAAGGGAGAGAGAAAAAAAAAGGAGGGGGGGGAAAGGAGAGAGAAAAGAGGGGGGAACCCCCAAAAUUAAAAGGUUUUAAAAAAAAUUUUUUUCCAAAGGGGACAGGUGGCCCAAAAAAGUUUUUGUGUCAAGCUCGGAAAGGUUUCUUUCAGCUCUCGUCUUGGGUCCCAAUUAGAAAUGAUUGUUAUUUGGGGGGUAUCAGCCAAUUUUAGCCCUGCAUUGGGCUCCGUUAAAAUCUCUGUCUCUGGGUCUAAUUAGAAGUGAUUGUUAUGGUUAUUCUAAAUGCCACCCUAUUCCCUUUAUAGUGCACUAUAAGGAAUAGGGUGCCAUUUGGUAGGCACACUGGGUGUCAGUUUGACUCUGUGACGGUCUGCCAAGUCCCAACAGACCACAUAGCAGGUUGAAAAGCAGCACUGCUGUUCCGUCAGGCCCAGUUGUUUGUUUACUGUCUCACAUCUCUGUUGAACUGGGGUCAGAAACACGCAACAACAUCAACAGCAACAUCAUCAACAACAAGAACAACAGUGCUGGCUGCUUGCCUGCCUAUCUGUCUGUCUGUCUGACUGCCUGUCUGUCUGUCUGUCUUUCUGUCUGCCGCAUCUCUCCUCCCACCCUCCCUCCCUCCCUCCCAUACUGACUGGGAGAGAGACCACUCAACAAACCCAGCGUCCACUGUUUAUCAUACUGACUGGGAGAGAGACCACUCACCUAAUCCAGUGUCCACUGUUUAUCAUACUGACUGGGAGAGAGACCACUCACCUAACCCAGUGUCCACUGUUUAUCAUACUGACUGGGAGAGAGACCACUCACCUAACCCAGUGUCCACUGUUUAUCAUACUGACUGGGAGAGGAGGACCACUCACCUAACCCAGUGUCCACUGUUUAUCAUACUGACUGGGAGAGAGACCACUCAUCUAACCCAGUGUCCACUGUUUAUCAUACUGACUGGGAGAGAGACCACUCACCUAAUCCAGUGUCCACUGUUUAUCAUACUGACUGGGAGAGAGACCACUCACCUAACCCAGUGUCCACUGUUUAUCAUACUGACUGGGAGAGAGACCACUCACCUAACCCAGUGUCCACUGUUUAUCAUACUGACUGGGAGAGAGACCACUCACCCAACCAACUCUGUUCUUUCCAAUAUAUAGACUGACCAGAUGACUCCAGGUGAAAGCUAUGAUCUCUUAUUGAUGUCACUUGUUAAAUCCACUUCAAUCAGUGUAGAUGAAGGGGAGGAGACAGGUUAAACAAUUAUUUUUAAGCUUUGAGACAAUUGAGACAUGGAUUGUGCAUGUGUGUCGUUCAGAGGGUGAAUGGGCAAAACAAAAUAUUUGAUUGCCUUUGAACGGGGUAUGGUAGUAGGUGCCAGGCGUACCGGUUUGUGUCAAGAACUGCAACGCUGCUGGGUUUUUCACAUAUCAAGAAUGAUCCACCACCCAAAGUUCCUAAUGUUUUGUUCGCUCAGUUUAUUUUGACACAUUGGUUAUGGUUACAUUAUAAUGGUUUCCUUUUGACAUUUCUUUGAUACAAAGGUUAAAUUAGACUGAUUUCCAUAACUUCUAAUACCUUUAAUUAAAAGUGUAAUUUCUCUGAUCUUGAUCGUGCUGUUUCCUGCUGUGCUUCAGCAUUAACAGUAAUCUGCUGUCAUCACUUGUAGAUGUUAGGUCCAUCCCUUAAAUCUCCCUCCUGUUCUCUCUCUAUGUUCUCUCUUCAAGUCUGCGGGCUAUAAGGUUCAUCACUCGAUGAUAGACGAGAGGGAGAGAGAAUGGUAGAGAGGAGUCGAGAGAUGAGAGAAAGAGAGAGAGAGAGGAGAGAGAGAGAGAGAGAGAGCGAAGAGCGAAGAAGAGCGGGAGCUCUACGAAGGGGCGCGAGAGCGGAGGUAGAGAAAGCUCUGAGUGGCGAGAAGAAGAAGAUCUCCUCAAUCGAGAUCGAUCGCGUAUCUCUCUCUCUCGAGCUCUCUAUCUCUCGUCUAUCUCUCUUUCCUCCACCCCCCCCCUCUCCCUCUCCAUCUCCCCAGAUCUCCCCCCUCUCUUUACGCCCUCUCUCCUCGUUUAACACAUCCAACCCCAUUCUUCUGCAGUGUUCUGUGUGAAAGUGCUGCUGAUUAAGCAUGGUUAGUCUCUUCCUAUUGAUCGGCCAGGCCUGUAGGAUUUAAAUCAUCUUAAUUGGUCAAUAACGUGAACUGCUGGAGCUCUGAACUAUUUUAUUGCUGAGGGAAGAGGAGAGAAGAAGAGGACAGGGAGAGGAGAGGAGAGGAGAGGAGAGGAGAGGAGAGGAGAGGAGAGGAGAGGAGAGGAGAGGAGAGGAGAGGAGAGGAGAGGAGAGGAGAGGAGAGGAGAGGAGAGGAGAGGAGAGGUCCUGAGAUCAAGCCCCAGCAUGUUGGCUGACAGGCAACUAAGAUGGUUUAUGCAAAUAGGGUUUGGCUAAACAAAUAUAAAACAAUUUACUCUUAAAUGCACUGACUCAAAAUGGGUUAAGUGACUAAAUGGAUCUGAAAUGAUUCAGCUUUGUCUGGAUUUGUGGUUGACCAUGAUUCACCUAAAUAUGACGGGUGAAGGAAAAUGUAUCAGUUUCAAUAGAGAAGUCUCAGUAAGAUCAGUUGGUAUUUCUGAUAUUUAGGCAUUUGCAUUCGUAGUUCAUUUGAAAUGGGCAGAGCCUCAGGGCAGAAAUAUCCAGACUCCAAAUGUUUAAAAGAUAUGUUGUAUAAAAGAUGUGUCUCAUGUGUACCUGUCCUUUAGCUUUAGAGACAAUGCUGAGGUGUGCAGCUUGAGCUGUGAGGGAUCACUUAUGGUUGUCACACACACACACACACUCGCACGUAUGCACGCGCACACACACACGCGCACACCCCUAGAGCCUUACCACCACAAGAAUCCUGAUUAGUGCACUGCUUCACAGAACAUCCUGGACAUUGAGACUCCUUGGAAAGCUUGAAUGGGAAAUUGCAUUGAAUGCUUUGUUAACAGUAAUGGGAAAGUGAUGCAUUGGAAUGCUUGUCUGAGUCUGCAUCCCAAUUGGCACCCUAUUACCUUUAUAGUGCACUAUAUUUGACCAGAAACAUAUGGUAGUGCAUUAUAUAGGGCAGGGUUCCUCAACACAUGGUUUUAUUUGGGCCAACCAGGUCUUUUUUUAUUUUGUAUUUUACAUGUUUUAUUGUUGGAUUUUAAAAUACUGCAAAAACACCAGGAAAUCAGCUCCCAAGUGAUUUUAAUUGAGAAACAUCUGUUCCCAAGUAUUCCCACACAUAAUAGAGAGACGUGUGAUCUUAUACAAAUGUAAGAGAGGUUUGAAAUGAUUAUGUAUUAGUCAAAUAUGAUAUCUGUUUGGGCUUCCUGCGGUCAAUUUGCAGUCUACAAAUUAUUUGUAAUUAUGUUCCGGCCCCCCCCCCUGACCAUCUGCUCAUUUAUCUAUCGAUCAUCUAGUUGAUGAUCCCUGAUAUAGGGAAGAGGGUGCCAUUUGGGACUGCCAUCCCCACCCUGAUUUCUGUCUCCAACCUCCAACAGGUGAAGAGGAGAAGGAGCUGCGUGUUUCUCAGAGGGAUAAUAAAGUGGUGAUACAGGACUUUGACGCCAUGAAGGAGUACCACGUCAGGGUUCUAGCUGUGAGUGGGAACCAGCAGAGCAGAGCACUACAAGGGAAGUAUGCAGGUAUGUAAAAUACUGGCUCUAUGUCGUUUUGUUCCACUGAUUUCUGAAUAGUAAAAUGACUUUAGAUAGAAACCUCACAUUCAUAGCAUUGUUUUGAAGAAAGAGCGUUCUUAUGCAACAGUAUAAACACAAAAAUGAAAAUAUCUAAAACCUGACAGAGGCCCUACUUUAGUAGAUUCCAUUUAAUGCUGUCUGGCUGGCCUGGCAUCGUAACCUUCUGUCCUGAGAGGGGAGAGGAGGAGUGGUUGAUGAAAGAGCAGAGAGCCUUCAGGUCUUUAAUAAAUCUCUUCACAGUAAGGUUAGGGUCUGCCCUAUAGAGUGAAUGAGGCUUUAAUGGAUCUCUUCACAGUAAGGUUUGGGUCUGCCCUAUAGCGUGAAUGAGACUUUAAUGGAUCUCUUCACAGUAAGGUUUGGGUCUGCCCUAUAGCGUGAAUGAGACUUUAAUGGAUCUCUUCACAGUAAGGUUUGGGUCUGCCCUAUAGCGUGAAUGAGACUUUAAUGGAUCUCUCUACUCUCUGUGCCUCAGCUCAAGACCUGGAGGGUGAGGGAGGAGAGGGUGAGGGCACAUUGCCACUGAGACUUGAUGACACUGGAGGGGCUGAAGACAUCAACGAGAUAUCUGGAGGUAAGACUGACUGGAUGGAAACCUGGUCUGGUUGGCUGGCUGGCUGGCUGGCUGGCUGGCUGUUUGGCUGGCUGAUUGGCUGGCUGGUUGGCUGGCUGGUUUAGCUGGCUGUCACUAGACUGUUAAUGUCACUGCGUGACAGCGGGAAAAUGGACUAAAAUACGAGAAAGGUGAUCUAGGUUAGGUAUCGAGAGAGAGAGAGAGGCUUAUGGCGGAGAGGAUGGAGGGAGGGAAGGGCGGGAGUGUUGUUUUGGUCUUUGCUUCUCUUCUUUGCUUUCUAUUUCUCUCGAUCUCCUCUCUCUCUCUCUAUCUCUUCUCUCCUCUCUCAACGGUCUCGAUCUCUCUCUCUCUCUCUCUCUCUCUCUCUCUCUCUCUCCACAAGCUGGCUAUUGAGAUCUGUCUGGUUGUUCAGUUGGCAGACAAAAUUGCCCUUUUUUAUCACUGUGAAAUAUUUUACCCUCUUUUCAAUGAAAUGUGAGAAUAGGACAGAAUGCCUUUGAUUUUGGUCUUUAUGGAUUCUAGAAUGUUUGCAGUGUUCUAUUUAACCCUGAUCUGUUUAGCAUAAUAUGCAGGUUGGCGGGAUGGACAGGCAGGGAUCAGGGUCGUAUCUAGCCCAAAAGCCAGACAUCAAUUUGGAUGUGUCAGGCAGACUCUUCAACUUAACUGGUGAUUAUGUCUUAUAGUGAUGGUUUUUAAAGUAUUGAAAGUCACUCUCUCUGACAUUUCUGCUGUUGCUCUGACCAUGGCGUAUACAGAGAGGUUGAUGACUUGGUAGGGUCCAUGUUAUUAUAGGGUACUAAUGGAAUGUGUGGAGCAUGGAUUGAGGGCACUACUCAGUAAGGGGGCAAGUGAUUGGGGUGUCGUUUGAACAUCUGUGGUAUUAUCAUUGGAGGAAUAACCGUCUGUAUCCAUCGCUAUGUGAAAUGUUGAGUUAUUUUCAGAAGCUAAAGGCCUUACUCCUCAUUAAAGGCCGAGACCAGGGGUAUUACAAUCUGAGCCUGCUGGUCGUCUGUUCUACCUGAUCAUUAAUAUCACCCACGGGGUGUUCCAGGUCUAAAUCAGUCCUUGAUUAGAGGGGAAGAAUUAACGUCAGCAGUGGAACUGGCUUCAGGUCCAGAUGAGUAAUUUAAGUAUUUUCUCUUCUGUCGUGCCUCCAACAGUGAGUUGGACUGGGCUGUUGGCUGCUGCCUCUACCACUAGAUCCCAAAUGGCACCCUAUUCCCUAUAAAGAGAAUAGGGUACCAUUUGGAACACAAACAUUCUAUUCCCUUUGAUGUCUCCCCAGGGACGGUGGCCAAACUGAUUGCUCUUCAAUGGGAUAAAAAGCCCUCAAAGAUGCCCUUGAUUUUUCACCACAGCGGUAGAUACACUACCAGUCAAAAGUUUGGACACACCUACUCAUUCAAGAGUUUUUUGUAUUUUUUUUACGUUGUAGAAUAAAGUGAAGACAUCAAAACUAUGAAAUAACACAUAUGUAAUCGUGUAGUAACCCAAAAAUGUGUUAAACAAAUCAAAAUAUAUUUUAUAUUUGAGAUUCUUCAAAUAGCCACUCCUUUGCCUUGAUGACAUCUUUGCACACGCUUGGCAUUCUCUCAACCAGCUUCAUGAGGUAGUCACCUGGAAUGCAUUUCAAUUAACAGGUGUGCCUUCUUAAAAGUUAAUUUGCGGAUCAGGCCUUCAUGGUCGAAUUGCUGCAAAGAAACCACUACUAAAGGUCACCAAUAAGAAGAAGAGACUUGCUUGGGCCAAGAAACACAAGCAAUGGACAUUAGACCGGUGGGAAUUUGUCCUUUGGUCUGGAGUCCAAAUUUGAGAUUUUUGGUUCCAACCGUCGUGUCUUUGUGAGACACGGUGUGGGUGAACGGAUGAUCUCCGCAUGUGUAUUUCCCACCGUAAAGCAUGGAGGAGGAGGUGUUAUGGUGUGGGGGUGCUUUGCUGGUGACACUGUCUAUGAUUUAUUUAGAAUUCAAGGCACACUUAACCAGCAUGGCUACCACAGCAUUCUGCAACGAUACGCCAUCCCAUCUGGUUUGGGCUUAGUGGGACUAUCAUUUGUUUUUCAAUAGGACAAUGACCCAACACACCUCCAGUACUGUGUAAGGGCUAUUUUACCAAGAAGGAGAGUGAUGGAGUGCUGCAUCAGGAAAAGCAGCCAACAAGUGCUUAGCAUAUGUGGGAACUCCUUCAAGACUGUUGGAAAAGCAUUCCAGGUGAAGCUGCUUGAGAGAAUGCCAAGAGUGUGCAAAGCUGUCAUCAAGGCAGAGGGUGGCUAUUUGAAGAAUCUCAAAUUUAAAAUAUAUUUUCAUUUGUUUAACACAGUUUUGAUGUCUUCACUAUUAUUCUACAAUGUAGAAUAUAGUAAAAAUAAAGAAAAAUCCUUGAAUGAGUAGGUGUUCUAAAACUUUUGACUGGUACUGUAUGUUUCCUAACUGUGCAUCAAACAUGAUCAUUAGCUAAGGUUCAUGGUGAGUUGUUUACGAGGCAUUUCUCUGUUCAAACUGAGAGAUGUAUGUUAUUGACAGAGGAGCAGGUCUAGUCUCACACCUCUAGAAUACAUCAAACAGGACCCAGUCACUUUGAUUUCACACUGCUCAGCAAUGACAUGGCUCAGGACUUGUUGUUGUGUGUCUGUGAAGACAGACAGGAAGGAAGGAUGGUUAUCUGAGAGGGUAGAGGGUAGAGAGAGGGAAGAGAGAGAGGUGUAACAUCCUAUCUUAACAUCCCCAAAGCAAUUGAUUUGAGACGCCAGGCUCAGAGCUAGUUAAAACUGCUCUGGGCAGGCCUCUAUCACACACACACACACACACCUCUAACUGAAGCUAGUUAAAGCUGCCUCUAACUUUAGUAAAUGGACUGGCUGUGUAGACUGGCUGUGAGAUGAGAGAUUAUCUAAUUUGAAUAAAUAUACUGACUGAGUGGACUGGCUGUGAGAUGAGAGAUUAUCUAACCUUAGUAAAUGGACUGAAUGAGUGGAUUUGCUGUGAGAUGAGAGAUUAUCUAACCUUAGUAAAUGGACUGGCUGUGUGGACUGGCUGUGAGAUGAGAGAUUAUCUAACCUUAGUAAAUGGACUGGCUGUGAGAUAAGAGAUUAUCUAACCUUAGUAAAUGGACUGGCUGUGAGAUGAGAGAUUAUCUAACCUUAGUAAAUGGACUGGCUGUGAGAUGAGAGAUUAUCUAACCUUAGUAAAUGGACUGGCUGUGUGGACUGGCUGUGAGAUGAGAGAUUAUCUAACCUUAGUAAAUGGACUGGCUGUGAGAUGAGAGAUUAUCUAACCUUAGUAAAUGGACUGGCUGUGUGGACUGGCUGUGAGAUGAGAGAUUAUCUAACCUUAGUAAAUGGACUGGCUGUGUAGACUGGCUGUGAGAUAAGAGAUUAUCUAACCUUAGUAAAUGGACUGGCUGUGAGAUGAGAGAUGAUCUAACCUUAGUAAAUGGACUGGGUGUGAGAUGAGAGAUUAUCUAACCUUAGUAAAUGGACUGGCUGUGAGAUGAGAGAUUAUCUAACCUUAGUAAAUGGACUGGCUGUGUGGACUGGCUGUGAGAUGAGUGUGAGAAACUGCAGCUGUAGUCAGUAACCCUAGCCCAGCAAGUAGACUGACGAGGAAAAUAGUAAUACUGAAGGGAAAAGUUCUGAUAAGUGAAGUCUUAAAUUCUUAAAAGUUCUCUGGUCUCAUGAGAAUGAUAUGGCGCCCCAGGCCCAGCCUAACAAGUGGACUGGCAGACUGUGACAGUGUGAUAAAGCCUUAGACACAGUAUAUACCUUCAAAGGUAUAUAUGUAGCUACAUUCAGAUGGAAGGCUUUAAUAAGGCUGUUAAUUGAUAUUUUAAUAUAUGAUUACUGAAAUAGAACAAUAUGGUAAGAGAGUCCACGGAGUGGAGGUUCAGAGACGCCUGUCCUCAUUGCAGUGAGCCAGUGAGCCAGAGGCAGAGAGACAGUGAGAGGCAACGAGAAUGCUAAUGCCUCACAUACACAUACACACACACACACACACACACACACACACACACACACACACACACACACACACACACACACACACACACACACACACACACACACACACACACACACACACACACACACACACACACACACACACACACACACACACACACACACACACACACACACACACACACACACACACACACACUAGCUCUACCUCAGGUGUGUUUGUGUCUGCUCUCUGUGACGUGGCCAACGGGCUCAGCAGAGGAAAGGCUGGAGCUGAUAGAGACAGGUGGCUGUGAAAAGAAGACGGCUUUAAUAAAGAGAGACUGCAUAGAGAUAUAAUCUGCAUCCCAAAUGGCACCCUAUUCCCUAUAUAGUGCACUACUUUUGACCAGAGCCCUAUAGGCCCUGAUCAAAAGUAGUGCACUAUAAAAUAGAAAAGGGAUCCAUUUGGGACAGAGCCACAGAGUUCUCCUGGGUGACAUUGCAUCUGAUCAGAGCAGGAGGAGGACACUGCCUCUGUCCCUUCAGCCACAGAUAGUCCUGGCCUGGCUGGCCUGCUGGCUGGGAACCGAAAUAGAAAUUGA